AUGGCAUCGCCUUCUCGAUCUCGCCCGCUGCUCCGGCGGCUGCUGUUUCCAGGGGCGGCCGUCAUCGUCGCUGGAGGCACCCUGUUCUACUCGUAUCGACCCCGGAACAUCCCAGGCUCCUCCUCCGCUGCCGUGCCCCCGCCGACAUACGGCCCGGAUGGGUCCUUCACCAUGCCCAAGUUCCCCCGUGUCAAGUCGCGCCUCGAGCAGCUCGCCGACCUCGCCAGGAGUGCUGACCCGGACCUCGGUGCCGAGUACGACAUGCUUGUCAUCGGCGGCGGGGCUACCGGGGCCGGCGUCGCCCUGGAUGCUGCAACGCGAGGCCUCCGCGUGGCGGUUGUCGAGCGCGACGACUUCAGCAGUGGCACGAGCAGCAAGAGCACCAAGCUCGUCCACGGCGGUGUCCGCUACCUCGAAAAGGCCGUCUGGAACCUGGACUACAACCAGUACCAGCUGGUGCGCGAGGCUCUCAAGGAGCGCAAGUACUUUCUGCAGACGGCGCCGCAUCUGAGCAUGUGGCUGCCCAUCAUGCUCCCCCUGGAUCGCUGGUGGAAGGCACCCUAUUACUGGGCGGGCACCAAGUUCUAUGAUGUACUUGCCGGCAGCGAGGGCAUUGAGAGCUCAUAUUUUCUGACUCGGAGCAAGGCUCUCGAGGCUUUCCCCAUGUUGAAGCAGACCAACCUCGUUGGCGCUCUGGUAUACUACGAUGGUGCGCACAACGAUUCUCGCAUGAACGUUUCGAUAGCCAUGACCGCAGCUCUCUACGGUGCCACCGUUGCCAACCAUGCCGAGGUAACGGGACUCCUCAAGGACGAAUCUGGCCGUCUCUGUGGCGCCAGGGUCAAGGACCUCGUCGCCGUGAAAAAUGGAAAACCUGCAGCCGACAUCACGGUCCGGGCAAAAUGCAUUGUCAACUGCACCGGCCCUUUCACCGACUCGAUUCGGAAGAUGGAUGACCAGACGUGCAAGGAGAUUGUUGCCCCUUCCAGCGGUGUCCAUGUCAUCUUGCCUGGAUACUACAGCCCUGCCAAGAUGGGGCUCAUCGACCCUUCGACGUCGGACGGCCGGGUGAUAUUCUUCCUCCCCUGGCAGGGCAACACCAUAGCCGGCACGACGGACUCGCCGUCGCCAAUUUCGCCGAAUCCGCUGCCGGACGAGGAGUCCAUCAAGUGGAUCCUCGGCGAGGUGAGCCAAUAUCUAUCACCAGAGAUCAACGUGCGUCGCGGGGACGUCCUGGCGGCUUGGUCGGGCAUUCGGCCUCUGGUCAAAGACCCCAAGGCCAGGAACACCGAGUCGCUUGUGCGAAAUCACCUUGUGCACAUUUCUUCAUCGGGGCUGUUGACGUGCGCUGGUGGAAAGUGGACCACGUAUCGCCAGAUGGCCGAGGACUGCGUGGACGCAGCCGUCUCCGAGUUCCGUCUCACCACGGGUCCCGUGGCCAACGCACCGCGAGUUAGCGGCACAGAAGUGGUCGAUGACGGGGCCAUACUGGACGGCUCAUGCCAAACACACAAAGUUCGUCUGGUCGGUGCCCACGGCUUCAGCAAGACGCUCUUCAUCCCCGUGAUACAGCAUUUCGGCGUGGAGACAGAAGUUGCCAAGCACCUCACGGAGAGCUACGGUGACCGAGCCUGGUCCGUGGCUGCUCUAUGUAGCCUAACAAACCAGCGAUUCCCGGCCCGCGGCGAGCGCAUCUCGCAGCUGUACCCGUUUGUGGAUGGAGAAAUUCGCUAUGCCGUCCGUCACGAGUACGCCCAGACCGCCGUUGACGUCCUUGCGCGACGGACCAGGCUGGCGUUUCUCAACGCCCAGGCAGCCUUGGAAGCCCUGCCCAGGGUCAUUGACAUCAUGGCCGAGGAGCUCCACUGGGACAGCCGCCGGCAAAAUUUGGAAUGGAACGAGACCGUCAAGUUUCUCCAGUCCAUGGGCUUGCCGCAACCGAUGCUGUCGGCCACACGCAAGCAGGUGGAGCAGGGCAAGCUCGAUUUCGCCAGCUCGCUCGAGUGGGACAUGUAUUCACGACACGAUAAGCCUACAGAAUAA